AAUACAUGGUAUUUAAUGGGUGCAAGAACAGUUUUUCUUUCCUACUUGAAAAUUGAAAAUGACUUUUUAGCCAACCUUUCUUGGGGAGAAAAAGACCUCAGUGGUUCAAUAGCAGCCCCAGAUGUCAAAUUAAACCUUGGGGGAGAUUUUAUUAAAGAAUCUACAGCCACUACAUUUCUGAGACAAAGAGGAUAUGGAUGGCUUUUGGAAGUUGAAGAUGAUGAUCCAGAAGAUAACAAGCCACUCUUGGAAGAAUUGGAUAUCGAUCUGAAGGAUAUUUACUACAAAAUCCGAUGUGUUUUGAUGCCAAUGCCAUCACUUGGUUUUAAUAGACAAGUGGUGAGAGACAAUCCUGACUUUUGGGGUCCUCUGGCUGUUGUCCUUUUCUUUUCCAUGAUAUCAUUAUAUGGACAGUUUAGGGUGGUAUCAUGGAUUAUAACUAUUUGGAUAUUUGGUUCACUAACUAUUUUCUUACUGGCCAGAGUUCUUGGUGGAGAGGUUGCAUAUGGCCAAGUUCUUGGAGUUAUAGGAUAUUCAUUACUUCCUCUCAUUGUAAUAGCCCCUAUACUUUUGGUGGUUGGAUCAUUUGAAGUGGUGUCUACACUUAUAAAACUGUUUGGUGUUUUUUGGGCUGCCUACAGUGCUGCUUCAUUGUUAGUGGGUGAAGAAUUCAAGACCAAAAAGCCUCUCCUGAUUUAUCCAAUCUUUUUAUUAUACAUUUAUUUUUUGUCCUUAUAUACUGGAGUAUGAUCUAAGUCACAUCGAUCUUUUCCAUCAGGAAAUACCCAGCAAUUCUGAACUAGCCUGUAAAUUAGCAAGCUAUCAAGCCCAUCUCUCUUCCUUUUACCCUCUCCCCCUUGAAAAAAGAAAGAAAAAAACUUACUUUGGGCUGCAGGAAGAGUGAGUCUCUACCUUUGAACCAGAAUAAUGUGGAAAAUUUCAUAUGCUGAUAUUUUAAACAAGUUUAAGAAAACAGAUUGGAAGCACCAGAGGGAUGGAACUUCUGGAACCUAAAUAAUAUGUUGUGAGGAAGGAUCUAUAGCUACAGAAGCAGUAACUGUAAAGUAAAUAUUUGUCAUACUGAAGGAAUUCCUGAGGAUCAAUACAUUGUUACAGUGAAUUAUUAUAUUUGAUGUCCAUAUUCUUGACCCUGGAAUCUUUUCCUAAAAGCUUGAGGAUCCAUACUAGGGGAUAGAAUUUCACUAAGCAAUAAGUCAAGGUACUUUAGGACAAAGUACAUAAAAACAAAAAGGUUUAAUAUUUUUAAGCUAUCAUGUUUAUUUAUAAUGAUGUGAGAUAAAAUGAGGUAUUUGUGUUCUAAAAAGGUUUUAAGAAUAACUCAUAUAAUCUUGUAAAUUGCCCUGUUUGGGGUAUAUAUAAAUACAGUUUUAAUGUUUCAAGCUCAGCCAACAUCUUCAUAUGUUAAUGAGCAAAGCAGUUAAAUCACAUUGUCAGUUUGAAAACAUGAUUUGUAAAUGUGUACAAAAUACAGUACUGCUACCACUAAUAAUGAUAAGUUGACCAUAACAAUGUUCUCUCCUUGAAUUUUUAUAUAGUGUUUUCUAAGUCAUAUUGAUUUUAAAUCAUGAUUUCCAACCUAAUUAUUUAGUUCAUUAGUAUUUCUAGAACAGAAAUAGCCAAUAGUCUCUUCUAGUGUAUGUUUUAAGUAUUAACAGCUAUAGUAAUCCUGAUGAAUGUUAGUCCUCAAAACAAUUAUGAGGCAUAUUUACUUCUGUUUCAAAUUGAUUGUAAAAUAAUUGAAAUUUUUAUUAAAAAUCAAAGUCUAUA